CUUGUAUAUCCGCUUUUCACGAGGUCCAUUACAUGAAAAAAGACUUAUUCGUUUCUUUUCAAAAAGGCGUAACUUCUCUAGAUAUUUAGAGACUUUAAAACGUAGAAGAAACCAAACGUCCUGGUAGCAGCAUCCCAAACCGCAUACUCCAUACCACACGAAAAGCCAUGGAACAAUCCGCAUCAGUUGAGAGUUUAGAUAUUAGUUUACUCCCAAAACCAUUUCGGAAUCCAAACUAUAAAGCACAGCCCAGAAGGAAUCGAAAUUUAAAGCAAAUCUUGCAAAACGACCCAAUUCAAAACGAUCCCACCAAAUUGUCCUACAGUUCAAUAGAGGCGCCGCCAAGUAUUCUUCCGCAACCAAAGUACUGUGAUAUUACUGGAUUACCUGCUCCUUACACUGAUCCUAAGACACGUCUGCGGUACCAUAAUAAGGAAAUAUAUAGCUUGAUUCGGGAACUGCCAUCAGGCGUUGAUCAAGAAUACCUAAAGCUUCGUUCGUCGGAUAUUGUUUUGAAGUAAUUAGUUGUCUUAUAAUUUUUAGGUACCUGUGCUAGAAAUUCCAGACAAGACAUGGAGGGAUCCAAACACCAAACUUUGUCAUUACUUAUGCAUGUUGUUGGUGCAUAGCAAUCAAUUAACUAUUAUUUAUUUUAUUACAAAAACCGCGAAACGUGCUACUGGAAGUUUUAUUGCUUUCAAUGCUAUCUAUGAAUGUCGAGAUGCUCUUUCAAGCACAAUCAAAUCUCAAAAACCAAACAAAGAAUUGAAUUACUCUAAUUAAAAAAGAUACAUACAUUACUUUACGCGAUCGAUGAAAGGUAUAGAGGAUUAAAAGAAGCUUUUUUAUGGAUGAACGUUAGAGUUGAGAGAUAACUUUGUCUAGUGAACGACUGGACUUUAAUGCAUUUCUCAAGACAUUCUGAGCUGCAACGGUAGUAGACACAAUACUCCCUGAACCGUCUUUUUUCUCCCUGGCUGUUUGUAAGACGCAGCUACCACGAGAAUAAUGGUUGGUGAUAGACACUGUUUUUCCAAAAUUCAAAUGCUUAGUAAGUUCUUGGGCAUGAAGACAUGCAUCCGUUAAUUGAACAAGUGUUGAUUUAUCAGAAACUUCGGGGUAACACAAGACUUCUUGCAAAUUAUUGUCGGCAGCAUACAUGACGGUUUUUUCAUUUCUAAACAAUAACAAUUAGCUUCAAAUUAUAAGUCUAAAAUCGCGUAUAUAAACGUACCCUGCAAUUUCUGCCAAUUGUUGAGAAACGGACAUUUCGAGUUUUUAUAGCACUGUUCCAAUGAUCAACUAAAC